AUGGCAGAAGGCAACUGCACCCAAGUGACUGAGUUCAUCUUAACGGGGUUCACAGAGGACCUGGUGACUCAGAUCACCCUCUUUGUGAUGUUUCUGCUCACUUAUCUCAUCACCAUCCUGGGGAACCUUGGGAUGAUCAUGUUAAUCAGGGCCAGCCCUCAGCUCCAAUCCCCUAUGUAUUAUUUCUUGGGUAACCUGGCUUUUGUAGACCUCUGUUCUUCCACCAUCAUCACCCCCAAGAUGUUGGUUGACUUUGUGUCAGGGAAGAAGGGCAUUGCUUACGCUGGGUGUGUGGCUCAGGUGUUCAUCUUUGAUCUCUUUGGGAUGACUGAAUGCUUCCUGCUGGCUACGAUGGCGUAUGACCGUUACGUGGCCGUUUGCCAUCCCCUGGUGUAUUCCCUUGUCAUGUCCCCAAGAUGCUGUUUCCAGUUGGUGACUGGGUCAUACCUCAUGGGGUUGGCAAACGGCAUGGGACAGACUAUCAGCCUGUCCAGUUUAUCCUUCUGCAGCUCCAGUGUAAUUGACCUGUUCUUCUGUGACAUUUCCUCUCUGAUCUCACUCUCAACCUCUGACAAAACCCUCAGCCAAAUUAUCCUGAGAACUUCAGCGUCUUUAUUCGGUGUGUCCAGCAGCCUGGUUGUCCUGGUCUCCUACAUGGCCAUCAUUUCCACUAUCCUGAGCAUCAGUUCAGCUGAGGGCAAGCGCAAAGCCUUCUCCACCUGUACCUCCCACCUCAUCACUGUGAGCAUCUUCUAUGGGACAUCAAUUUUUACGUACCUAAAGCCCAGCUCAGAUGGCAUCACAGAAGAUAAAUGGUCUGUGGUGCUCUACACCGUGGUGACUCCCAUGCUGAACCCUUUGAUCUAUAGCCUGAGGAAUAAGGAGGUGAAGGAGGCUUUGAGGAGACUCAUAAGAAGAAGAUGA